AUGGCCUCUAAAACUAUUGCCAUUAUACUUCUCUUCAACAUUGUUUUCUUCACAACGGCUAACGCUGCUUGUCCCAGUAACGAUGUUCUGCUUAAGGCAUGUGGUGUCGUGCUGAAACCGCGUGACAAUAUUAAUCUAAGCGAGUCAGAAUUUAGAGAGAGUUGCGGCGUUGUUAACGAUAUUGAAAGCGCAGAUGUAGAAGCGUGUCUAUGUGCCGCGAAUCAGAAUAAUCCCCUCAACGUUACAGACAUUUCCGCGGCAGUCACCAUGACACUUACCUUGUGUGGCCUUACCGUGAAUGUUCAAUGCCCUAAAUAA